UACGAAAAACCCAUUCUGCCACAAUCCGGAGCAGGUUUAAUUACGCAGCCAUUAUGCAGCCAUUUUUGUUUUGUUGAUUAUUUACCAGUUUUCUAUUCGACUGAUCGUCUUCGUUUAAAAUAGAAUUUUACCACUGCGCAGGUGGGCGUGGUUUAACCAGACCAGUCGAAUACGACCAAAUAUCCUAUUAGAUUUAUGUUCUUACGUGUAUUUACUGUGCAUCCGGUCGUGACAACCGUUUCAAAUAAUUAUUACCAAGAUCACAAGGUCCUAGACACUGUUCUCUGCAAAGAAGCCGUCAUAAAGUGUUUACAACAGAGUUGUAUGCAUAGCAGUGAAGUAAGCUGACCCGUGUUUUUUACAGAUGUUUGAGGAUAUAACGACCGACGUGUCUUUACUAUUAGCAGUAGUAUUAUUCUUAAUAACAUGGAUAUACAUGAACAUACGGCGGCCAACUGGAAUGCCACCGGGUCCAACAACCUACCCGAUCAUUGGAAAUGUGUCAAUAUUCUUGGGGAAGACACCACCGCAGAAAAUAUUCAGAGGUAUGACUAAGAAGUACGGACCUAUAAUUUCUUUCAAAGUUGGUCCUUCUUGGGCUGUGGUGAUAAACAAUUACGAGUUGACACAAGAAGCCUUGUUGACGAAACCAAAUGAUUUUAGUGGGCGCCCUAAUCUCUAUAUGGUGGAUUGGUUUAGUGACAAUCAAAAGAAUAUUGUAUUUGCUCAACCCACUCCAACUUGGAAGUUCCACAGAAAACUAGCUCACACGGCUAUCAGAAAAUACGCAACUGGCCAAUACUUGGAGAAUCUCAUAGACGAAAUUACCCCCCGUUUACAAGCCGUAAUGACGCAGAAGGCUGGUACACCUUUUGAUCCGCGCGAAGUCGUCACACUCGCAGUCUAUAAUGCAAUCGCUUCAAUGUGCUUUGGGCAUAAGUAUGAAUUCAACGACACUGAAUUAAUUAGAUUCAUCGAGUUACAAAAAGAAAUUAAUGAAGCAUUUGGAAACGGUACACUUGCUGACUUCAUUCCCUUGGCUCGAUUCUUACCAAGUCCGCAAGUCAAUAGAUUUAAGAAGACGAGUAUAGAAUUCUUCGAUUUGAUAAAAAAAGAAGUUAGUCAACAUUUGGAAAGAUACAGUCCAGAUGAACCCGCUAAUGAUCUAAUAGAGCUGUUGUUACAAGCGCAGGGAGAAGAAUCAGAAGGGAGUGAAGACCACGCCUGUAAAUUAACAGACGUACACAUCAAACAAAUUGUGGCAGAUCUUUUCUUUGCUGGUACAGACACAUCAUCAACUACAUUACUGUGGGCUAUCGCCUGUAUUGUCGACAACCCGACUGUACAGGAAAACAUCAAAACAGAACUGGACGAAGUCAUUGGACACAGACCACUGAGAUUAAGUGACCGUGGAAAGUUGCCGUACACGGAGGCUGCCAUCAUGGAGGUAAUGAGAUUUGGGACAGUCGUACCGCUUGGUGUUACACAUCGAGCUCUUAAAGACUCUUCUAUUGGCUCAUACAAGAUACCUGAAAAUACAUGGGUGUUAAUAAACCAGUGGGCUCUUCACAUGGAUCCAGAAUAUUGGGAUGCGCCAGAGGUUUUUCUGCCAGAACGAUUUUUGGAUUCAUCAAACUCUGUUAAGCAACGUCUACCAAGCUUCUUGCCGUUCUCCACUGGUCGUAGAGUGUGUGUCGGCGAAUCUUUGGCGAAAGCCGAAAUUUUUCUUAUUUUUACGUGGUUAAUUCAGAAUUACAAGUUCUCCAAGCCACCGGGUGAGGAAGGCCCAGCAGCUGUCAGUGGUAUCCCACAGGCUCUAAAUUUUACAAAGCCUUUCCAAGUUGUUGCUACUCUCCGAAAUGAUAUCAACUAAAUUAUCUUAAGAUACAAGCAAUGACCUCUAAACUAAUUAAAUAUACAAAAUAUUGUUACAAUAUUAGUUGUUGAUUAAAUUGUAUUUAGUAUUUCAGAAUUUUCACAGUUUUGUAUUAUAAUAUGGGAUGAAUCCAGCAUCCACUGCUGACUAGUGAAAUAUUAUUUAUGUAAGUUAAUCCUGAUGAUGUAUACUUAAUGUCGAUAUAUUGAACCCCAACACGAUGGCGUGCAUUUCAAUAUUUGGAGCAUGUAUUAAACUUUCUUACCUGAAUGUUACAUUUUUCUUAUUUCCAUGUUAAUAUUUUACGACUAACACGACUACUACCAAUUACCUGGCAUUAGGGCAGAGUGCUACAAUUAUUUUAAUCUAUCUGUUUAUUUUCCUGUUUACAAUAAAGAGAUAAACUUAACCUAUCCAUGUUGUAAUGAUGUAUAGUAGUGUAUAGGCUUUAAGUAUUUGUUCAUGACAACCAAAUCUGUGACAACCUGCCCGGUACAUUGCAAUUUUUUUCAAUUCCAAAGUUGUUUUUCUGAAAUAUCUCAAAUUCCUCCUCUAAGUGAUCUUGAAUUCAAAGAUAUUGAUAUCUUAUCGGGAUUUUCCGAAGUUGCAAAAAUAAUUUCUGGCCUCAAACCGGAUAAGGUUUGUGGCCUGAAUUCUAUUUCAAUUAAAGAUGUACGUCAUUAUGUUACCUACUUUCAGAAUUGUUCAACCUGUCUCUGCAGUAGUCAAUGGUCAAUAGUCGUAUAUUUAUAUAGCAGUCUAGAAAGGUACCACUACAUUUGUAUAGCCAUCAACAACGACGAUGGAGAGGUGACCUGAUUGAAACUUUUAAAAUUAUAAAAGGUUUCGACAAGAUAGACAGAGACCAGUUUUUCCAAUUUCGCAAAGAAAAUAUAACUAGAGGACAUCCCUGGAAAAUGUUCAAACCAAAAUUGAAUAAAACACUCAGAGUUCGAGUUGAUUUCUUUUCUCAACGAGUGAUUAACUUCAGAAACGAUCUUCCAUCGAGAGUUGUCAGCUCAUCAAACACUUCACUGUUUUAAAAGGAGUUACAUAGACAUUGGUACGAUAAGGGGUUUAAAAUGCUCGGCCUAAACGUAUCCCUUUAACCGUAAGUUCAAGUGUAGGGAAAUUUGCCCAUCUUGUACUAAUCUACAAAGGCAAGGGUGAUAGAAAUAACAUCAGUUCUUAUAGCCCGAUCUCACUUACUUCAAUAAUUUGCAAAAUUUUAGAAAGACUUGUAAAUACUGCCAUUUACAAUCAUCGUUCUUUUAAGCAUUUAAUAUCAAACGUUGAAUUUGCAUUCAGGCCUGGUUAUUCCUAUAUUUCACAGGUGUUCAGCUUGUGUAUGACUGGUCAUCCUCACUUGACCUGACCCCCCCCCCCAUCAUAGGCGCAUUCAAGGGGGAUAGGGGACCAGCCUUCCCGGAGCCCCCAUACAUUUUUCAAAAUUUAAAACAAAUUGAGAAAAGAGAAAAUUCAACUUAAAUUUUGAGUCUAUGGGUGCCAUAUUCAUAAAAUUGCUUGCCUCAGCCCCAACCAAUGUGGGGCCGAGGACGUAGUAUAGACUUUCCCUCUGUAAAAGUCCCUCUUUAGGCCCCUCUAUUUCAAAUUUCUGGAUCCGCCACUACCCCUGUCCAUAGCAUCCUUUUGGACUGGGAAAAGCCACUGUCCACUUAAAUGAUGACACAAAUGGCCAUAUUAAAAAAAAAAAGAAAUUAGCGGCAUAAUUCCUAUUAUAAUUGUUACGAUACGAAUAGUAGAGCAUGUGCAGUUUCAAUUUCUGCGCCUGCAAGGCGUAUUUGCAUAAAUUAUAACAUGUGGUUGCACUUUGUUUACUAACGUGCAAUAAUUGUUGAACACGGACAUUUUAUCUUUAAAGUGGCUGCAUCUACGCCGAUCUUACGUCAUUCUGUAGUGCAAUAAGAUAAGCAGAGUUAUGUUUUAGGGUAAAGGCAAGUCAACCAAUCAUCGUGUUGGGAUUUGCAUAAUUUUGCGUAGACAUAACCACUACGUUUUAUCUUUUACGGGAUUCAAGUGUCAGAAAUACUAAAACAGAGAGGAGUAAAGGUAUGGCCAAGAUGACUUGUUCAUACACUGUCGACACGUCUAUAAUGACCAAAGUUAUAUCACAAAAGGGUACAACACUUUCCUUUAAGUCUACCGUUUAAGUAACGGUUUUGUUAUUGUGUAAUGGGUUUUUUAAGUGAAGUAGACCUACACGUACUGAUUACAGUACUUUGUUCUUGUCGUAGGCGUAUGAACUGAGUAUUGGCAUUGGCCACGUCGAUGUAAUUUUGAGAAUAUAGGGACGUCGAAAUAAAAUCAAUAAAUGUA